AUGUUGCGCAUACCAAUCUGGGCGACGGCCGUCCUUUCCUUCCUUGCAGGCGCAUCUCAGGCUGGACAUGCCGAUUUCCACGGUUAUACUCCUGGUUUGAGCCGCCAUCAUGGAGGAGGCCAUCAAAGAUUCCAUCGGUCCGCGCCUGCUCUGGAGGGCCAUGGGAUAUCCUAUGUCGAGAAGCGAGGCGGUCAAUGCCAGUUCCCUACGGAUGCUGGACUGGUAUCUGUUACCCCGAACGCGAUGAAUGCUGGCUGGGCCAUGAGCCCCGACCAGCCUUGCAAGCCUGGUAGCUACUGUCCCUAUGCUUGCCCCCCUGGCCAAGUCAUGGCACAAUGGGAUCCAGAGGCGACUUCUUAUACCUAUCCCGCCUCGAUGAACGGUGGUCUUUACUGUGACAAAAGCGGAAAGAUUCAAAAGCCUUUCCCUGAGAAGCCGUACUGUGUUGAUGCCUCUGGUCCCGUUAAGGUGAAGAACAGCUGUGGAGGGGUGGUUUCUUUCUGCCAAACUGUCCUUCCAGGAAAUGAGGCUAUGUUGAUCCCUACCAGUGUCCAGGAUACCGCAGAUCUCGCAGUCCCCGAUCCAUCCUACUGGUGCUCGACUGCUGCUCACUACUAUAUCAACCCUCCAGGCACUGACACGGACACUGCCUGUGUAUGGGGAACCAAGUCUAACCCAUGGGGUAACUGGUCGCCAUUUGUUGGUGGUGCAAACACCGACGGCAGUGGACAGACCUUCCUGAAGCUCGGCUGGAAUCCUAUCUACCUCGAAACCGAAACUCCCUUCAGGGACGAGAGCCCAACCUUCGGUGUCAAGGUUGAGUGUGACGGAUGUAACGGACUCCCUUGUGAAAUCGACCCAGCCAAGAACAAGGUCAAUGAAAUCACUGGUAGUGGCACUGACGGUGCUGGUGGUGCCGCCUUCUGCGUCGUUACUGUUCCCAAGGGUACUCAGGCUACUAUCGUAGUCUUCGAGGCCGGUAACAGCGGUGGCUCUGGUGGUAAGGGGGGUGGCUAUAAAGAUGACAAGCCAAAGGAUGACGACAAGAAAGAUGAGCCCAAGCCAUCUUCAAGCUCUUCCUCAUCCACCCCUUCGCCCACUCCCUCAAGCUCGUCCUCUAAGCAAGCGCCGUCCGUUACCUCCACGUCUGAAUCGUCCACUUCCGAAUACUCCCCGACACCAACUAGUUCUUAUCCGAGUAAGUCUAGCUCUGCCACCUCAUCUUCUUCGAUUGCGGCUUACUCAACCACCUCGACAUCUGCAGACGCCUACAUGCCAUCACCCCAUGUAUUUAUCGAGAGCCCUAGCUCGUCAAUUCACCAGCCUACCAAUGGCUCAUCAAUUAUCAUGCCAACGCCUACCGGCUCCGGAAAUGCGCCCACUCCAACUCAUGAAGGCGCUGCUUCGGCUACCGCUAUCUCCGUUAUGAGUCUCACACUCAGCUUCCUAAUCGUCUCGAUCUUCGUCAACUUUUAA